CUGAAAUGCCACCCUAGACCUCAUCUUAACUCCUAUCCUGGUUAAUUGGUCGCCAUCGAUUUAGGAAAUAUCUUGUACAGCUGAAGAUCUGCUGCACAACCACGUAUCUAGCCCAUUAUGAAUCCGCAGGACGCUCUCCUCUCGCACGUCAUCUCCCAGACCAUCUCAUCCUUGACCUUUUUGCAAUCGCAAAACAUCAUCUCCUCAUCCCCUGAACUGGAUCAAGUUAGAAAUCAGCUCAUUUCCCGACAACAUGGAGGUCUGGCAGCGAACAUGAGCUCUUUAUCGCUAGUCCCGACCGCGGUCGCAACACCAUCACCACAGAUGAACCACGCUGGACCUUCUAUACAGUCUUCAUCGUCAUCAACACAUACAGGUCCACCAAUGCCGGGUUUGCCUCCCCGUCGGAACGGACCUGCCAGUGUUCAUGAACCUCCCAAGGACAGGGCUAUCGCGCUCUGGGACUACAAUAGCACUUCGUAUGGCGACCUUUCGUUCAGGAAGGACGACGUUGUGAUCGUAGACGAGGAAGUCAACCCCGAGUGGUACAGAGGACAUCUCGAGAAUGAUCCUUCUCGAACAGGGCUGUUCCCGCAUAACUAUAUCAAACGAUUAUCACCGCAGGAGGCACCGUCCCUUCCUGCCGACCAACGCUCUCAUUACAGCUCCCAGGCCUCAGUGUCCGACCACGGCUACCAGCCCAGUCCACCUCAAGGCUACGCUACUGGAGCAAUGACGCCGUACCACGCUCCACCUCCUCCUGUAGCCUACCAACCUCCAGGCCCACCGCCAGUCCACCAGCCCGUUCAGGCCUAUAGCGGGGCACAGAGCCAAGUGGUUCACGGGGGAGACGGCGAGAAGAAGAGCAGGUUCAAGUUGAAGCCGGGCAGUACGGGUAGCACGCUGGCACACAGUGCCGUCGGAGGUCUUGGAUUUGGAGCGGGAGCGGCUACCGCCAGUACGAUCGUCAAUAAUAUUUUCAACUAAUUCCGUAGAUGCAACUUCACCACCACCAUUCGAAUUGGUAAUACUAUUUACGGCAACCUAAUUUAUGACUACAACUACGUGGCGAGCCCUGUCGCUGCCAUCGAAUUGACAAGGAAUAGAUUUCGUGGUUCGGCGGACAGAUCCCGCACGGAAAUCAGGAGUCGCUUUGCCUCACUUACUCCAUGUUGUGCCUGCGCGAAUCGCCUGACGGAUUGGUGAUAGUAGUAUCGCUUACCAGAUCUCUAGGUUAUA